AUGUCAGCGUUCCUCUCAGCCGUGCUGCUCUGGGCGAUGCAGGUUGGAGCAGCCACCUUCCCGGCGACGGUCGAGGUGGACUUGAUCUUCCCACGCAACGACACCUACGCGCCGUCGACACUCUUCCCCAUCGUCUUCGCUUUCCAGAACGCGGCGCUGGCUUCGUCGCUCGCACCCUCCUUUGACUUGGUGCUCUGGGAUAGCACCUUUAAUCACACGAGGGACCCUACCCUGAACUUGAAGUGGACCAACUUCACUACCGAGCCCACCUUUGUGUACACUUACGUCUCGAGACUCAACACAACGGCCGACGGGGCGCCGACGUCCUAUAGCCUGGUGUGGGCUUUUGGCGCCGGCAACUGCUCCCACGGGGGCCCGCAAUUUCUCGGCGGUGGCUUCCGUGACAACAGUGUGACGUUUACGAUCCAAAACGGCGCUCAGAAACCCGACCUCGUGACGGCAACGGCGAACAGCGCCUUAUGCACCAACGCCAGCCACUUCGCCUUCAAUCUCACGGGCACUCUAGACGUGAAUCCGGCGCAGUACGACGGCCGCAACACCUGCGCCGUGCUCUCGGACGUUCAGCCCCUGGUGCCCGGCGACCCGUGUGCAGUCCACGUGGACUCGGCCACAGCGAACAGCAUCUCCGCCGCCCUCACAGCCACGGCAUGCGCGGCCAUCAGCCCCAUGGUGAGCUGCCCCAGCAAGCAGAACGCGGCGGCGGAUGGAUGGAGUGCGGCGAAGACCGGGUUCCCAGCCAUGCUAGGCGGGUUCGUCGCGGCUUUGGCUGCCAUGCAGCUUUUGUAG